AUGGUGAGAGGGAUAAUCCGUAAUCGGGGAAGGAAGAGAUCAGGGAAAGUCGAAACGGCGAUUAGGCGCCUAACCGAAAUAGCUCAAAACUUGACUCAAGCUAUGACAACUCAGGUAACUCGCAAGAGUAAUAUUGAAAACAUUGGUGAUGUAUUUAAGAAAGUAGCAGCUAGUAAACCACCUACCUAUGAUGGAAUGGAAGAUCCUGCAAGUCUAGAAAACUGGCUUAGAGAAUUUGACAAACUUUUUGAUGCUAUCAAUUGCCCUGAGCAUCUAAAAAUCAAUAAUGCUGCGUACUAUCUAAGGGAAGAAGCUGUCCUAUGGUGGUCACAGCGAAAGAAAGACUUAAUGGCCAAACCUAAUUUUGAUUGGGAAACCAUGAAGGAAGCUUUGAGAGCUAAGUUUUACCCUCCCUAUCUAAAGAAGCAGAAAUGCCUAGAAUUUACAAACCUUCGAAUGGGCACCAUGAAUUUGAAUGAGUAUUACACCAAGUUUAUAGAGCUAAUGAGGUUUGCACCUGAAAUAGUCCCAACUGAAGCCAUAAAAGCUCAAAGGUUUGAGCAAGGGUUAACUUUGACUUUGCAAGGGAAGCUUGAGGGAAGGAAGGGAAAUGGAAACUUCCAAGGGAAUGAGAAGAAACCUAAGCUGGAUGGGGGUUUUAACCAUGGAAAGAGGGAAGGGAAUUUUAACCAAAAUAGGGAAGAGAAUCGCAAUUUCACCCAAAAAUGGAAGGGAAAUUAUGAAAAUGGAAGUAACGGGAAUGAGGAUAAGCCUAAAAGGAACUACUUUUGUAAAAAGUGUGAGAAUAACCAUCUAGGAAAAGAUUGCCAGAAUGGGAAAACUUAUCACUCAAGCCAACAAGGAUUAAGCCAGCAGGAUGGAAUCAACAACACCAAACCUGGAGGUGGGAAUAACGCCACCCAAUUGAAGGGACAAUUGUUCGUUAUAAAUCAUCGUGAAGCUGAAAACGCGUAUGAAGUAGAAGCUGGUACUUUUUCUAUUUAUGAUCUACUUGCUAGCUAA